AUGGAGAUGGACCUCGGGACAGCAGUAUCAGUCAGGGCCAUUGUGACGCAAGGUCGCGCAAAUCGGAAUCAGUGGGUGAGGAAUCAGUGGGUGACCAGCUACCAGGUGGCCACUUCUGUGGAUGGCAAGUUGUGGCAAGACAUCGGCGCCACGUUCACGGGCAACAAGGACCGCGACACGAAGGUGACCAGGAUGCUCCCAUCGUCUGUGUCGGCGCGCUACGUCCGUAUCAAGCCCCUCGGCUGGUACCGGCACAUGUCGAUGAGAGCUGGAGUCCUCAUUUGCGCGGCCCCUUCGAAGGGUCCGAAGCUCUCGUGCGCAGGACAGAUCACGGGCACCAUAGACCCGCCAGAGAACAAGCGGUCGUAUUCCAGCGUCUGGGGCAACAACAAGGUGGGGACCGGGUACGCGCGGUCCGCGCUCGACUCGGCUCAGGCGUGGAGCUCCAGGUACAACACCAUGGGCCAGUGGAUGCAGAUGGACCUAGGAGCAGCGAAGACGGUCAGCGCCGUUGUGAUUCAGGGUCGCUCAAAUUGGAAUCAGUGGGUGACCAGCUACCAGGUGGCCGUGUCCACUGAUGGCAAGUCGUGGCAGGGCAUCGGCGCCACCUUCAUUGGUAACAAAGACCGCUCGACGAAGGUGAACGGGGUGUUUUCGUCCCCUCAGCUGGCGCGCUACGUCCGCAUAACGCCACUGACUUGGUAUGGGCACAUGUCGAUGAGGGCUGGCGUAACCACCUGUGCCCCGCCCUCCACGACCACGACCACGACCACGACGAGCACCACGACAACGUCGACCACGACCUCGACGAGCACCACAACAUCGACCACGACCUCAACCACAUCAACGACCACGACCACGACGAGCACCACCACGUCGACAACAACCACGUCAACGACGACGACCACGUCCACCACGACGACGACGACAACGACGACGACGACGACGACGACGACGACUACCACUUCGACGUCGACCACCACGACCACCACUUCGACGUCGACCACCACGACCACCACGACCACCACGUCGACGUCGACCACGACCACCAGCACGACCACGACCACCAGCACGACGAGGGCCGAGGCACCCACGCUGGGCGGGGCGGCCGCCCCGACCGUCACGACGACCACCACCACGACGACCAGCACCACGGUCGCGGGCGAGGUCGAGGGCCAGACCACCCCGUACCCUGCGGCAGCAAGCGCGCUGAAGCCGCCGACGAGCGAGGUGCGGACCGAGAUGAUCCAGAGCGCCGCGGCUGGAGCGACCCGGAUGCAGGUCGCCAACGCAGCUGGCCUCCGGGCGGGGGACGUGGUCCGCAUCACCGGGCCAGGCGGCACCCCGCAGGAGACCGAUGAGAUCGCGUCCGUGCAGGCCGAGGCCGCCUCCCUCGUGGUGCGGGCCAUGGGCUUGGUCGAGGCGGCUGGGCGGGGCGCUGCCGCGGUGCUGCUGAAGACGGCUCUGAAGAACUCGUACCCGGCGAACUCCAGCGUCGUCAAGUUCGCCGAGGCGGAGGACAUGGCGCCAGCCGCAGGGGUGGAUAAUGCCGACGCGAGCACCAACAUCAGCGUCGAUGGCAGCUCUGUCGCUGGUGACAACGUCAGCGUCAAUGUCAGCGUCAAUGUCAGCGCUGCCAAUGACAUUGCGUCAACGCCAGCCCCGACGGCCUCAGCGACGCCUUCGCCGACAGACAGCAAUGCAUCAGCGCCAGCGCCGACGCCCGUUGCCAAUGUCAGCGUCAACGUCAGCGCUGCCAAUGACAAUGCGUCAACGCCAGCCCCGACGGCCUCAGCGACGCCUUCGCCGACAGACAGCAAUGCAUCAGCACCAGCGCCGACGCCCGUUGCCAAUGUCAGCGUCAACGUCAGCGCUGCCAAUGACAAUGCGUCAACGCCAGCCCCGACGGCCUCAGCGACGCCUUCGCCGACAGACAGCAAUGCAUCAGCGCCAGCGCCGACGCCCGUUGCCAAUGUCAACGUCAACGCCAGUGCUGCCAAUGACAGUGCGUCGACGUCAGCCCCGACGGCCUCAGCGACGCCUUCGCCGACAGACAGCAAUGCAUCAGCGCCAGCUCCGGUGGCAUUAGCGACGCCCUCGCCGACGGAUGCACCGACAGGUGCCCGGACAGGCGGCGACAUGCCUUUGGCCCAGCGGUCAAUGCCUCGGGGGCGACAUGCCCCCCACCCCGCGGCCAAUGCCGCGGCCCCAGCAGUCAACGAUUCGGCCAACGCAUCGGCCCCAGCGGACUCCGAGGCGGAUGUGGGCGCCGAGGAGGACAACGCGACCGCUGCGCCAACGAAAGGCCACGUGGUGGUCAAGGUGUCUUCGUCCGCGGAGUCCGACGAGUGCCGCCCCGACUUUGGAGCGGCUGGCCUGACGUGCUGCAGCGCCUACACGCGCACCGCCACGCGCCCGGGCUGCAGGUCCAACGCGAGCUGGGCGGAGGCCAAGGCCGCCUGCAAGGCAAAGGGGAUGGAGCUCUGCUCGAAGGCGCUCAUCCACCAGGGCCUGGGGAUGGGCGCGGGCUGCCCAGGGCUCGACGCGGCUGCCAUGUGGACCAGCGAGGAGUGCGUCCUGUCGCCACAGGAGAUGCCGCCGGCGUCGCGGGCGCCCACGCCGAGCCCACCGCCCUUGGAAGGCUGGGUAUACGUGCUGCCGCAUAACCAUUCCGCACCCAGGGACAGGCCUGAGGACACGGCCUUCCUGUACUACCAGUUCGAGCCGCUCAAGGUGCGCGGCCGCGAGCCGGUCGUCGAGAUUGCCGAGAUCGUGCUCGCGAACAACGGCUGGCAGGUCAGCACGUCGGGGGCCACCGUGAGCACCCCCUCGGGGGCCACCGAUGGCAUCCUUCUUGUUGACGGCGACCUCAGCUCGGUCUGGGUCGACAUGAAGUUGGAGCCUAUCACCAUCAAGCUCUCCGAGCCCACCAGCGUGGACGGCUUCGGGUUCGUCACGGGGAACGUGAGCGACCGCGAUCCCGUGCGGUGGAAGUUUAGGGGCUCCCUCGACGGGCUCAUGUGGACCACUUUGCAGCAUCAGGCCGAGGACUACGCCGCCGCUGUCCUCCGCCGGGAACUCCAGGGCUUCGUGUUCGGAGAGCAGCGGCCGACAAGCGGUGCCGCGCAGCCCCCGGCCCCCGCCCCCGACAGCACCACCGGGGAACCCAACGCCCGCGUAUAUUCGGAGAGCCUUCUCAACAAGAGCUGGACCCGCGCCGACAACGAUGUCACCGAGACGGCCGCGGCGGCAGCCCGCGAGGCGCACGUGGACUCGGCGGAGCAGGCGUACAGGCAGGCUGUGGGCAAGGGAGCCAGCACGGAGGAGGCGCAGGGGGACGAGGACAAGACCGACACGGCCAUGGUCGCCAGCCUCUCCGCCUUCGGCGGCAUCGCCCUCUUCCUGGCCUGCGGCGUGGCCGCGUACUGCAUGUACCCGCGCCCGCGCCCCGACGGGGCCGAGCAGCGCGCCCUGCAGUCGGUGCGCGUGGACUGA